AUGAAUGCUGCAGCACCGACCGAUUGGCACACGAUUAAAGUUGUCGUGCCGUUCCUGACGGAGGAGCAGGCCGAGCUCGCACGCACGAUACUGUCCAUAGACCAAGAGAUCAAGCCUUACAUGAUCAAACGCACGCUCACCGCCGCAGGUACAUCGCUCCAGGCCAGCUUCGAAGCUCUCUCGAUACGCCAAGCCCGGGUACCAUCGACGAGCUCGGCCCAUCGGCUGGUUUCAGAGAUGCAGAAGAGCCCGACGAGCUUUUCAGAUGACGCAGCAGCAGGCUCAGACUCUCCCUUUACGCCCUUUGAGCAUCAAGUCGCUGGUCACCGCGACACCCUCUUCCUUGUCGAUCAAGGGCGUACACUGCUCAAGCGAUCGUCCGCUCGUGAGAUACAGUUCUACACUGGGGACGGACCUCGUCUGAGCGCUCGCCUGAUGGCGGACUGUCUACCUCGACUGCGCAACAUCAAGCCGGCCUGGCUUGCUCAUCUGCCUCCGCAUCCUCAUUGGCUCGCUGUCGAGAAUGUCCUGGCCCCAUUCGAGCGGCCGAACGUCAUAGACGUCAAGCUUGGGCAACAACUUUUCGAUGAGGAUGCGCCGCCUGACAAGCAGGCUCGUAUGCUGCAAGCCAGUCUGACGACCACCUCGAGCUCGAUGGGUCUCCGCAUCACUGGCUUCAAGGUGUGGGACGAAGCGCGUCAGGCAUAUGCUCUCACAGACAAGCAGUAUGGCAAGCAUAUCACCGCAACCGAGCUGCCGACUGCAAUGCAGCGCUUCUUCCCUUGCGCAGAGGAAUGUCUGCCUACCACGGAAGCUGAGAAGUCUCACAGCCCGGCCGGAAUGGCCGCCCGCAGUCUCGAAUACAUCCUGACAACGUUGAUAUCGAGACUGAGGCAGUUUGCUCGCUUGACAGGUCAGCUUGAAUGGCGAGCGCGAGCCAGCAGCGUUUUGAUCGCUUACGAAAGUUGUGGGACUGCAUGGCGACAACAACUGCCUCACCGUCCAAUCGAGACUCUGGCAGAAACCGGACAGCCUCACCUGCCUUGUUGCGAUGUGCGCUUGAUCGAUUUUGCUCACACGCGAGCGACGCCGGGAGCAGGCAAAGAUGUUGGCUUCGAGCUAGGUCUCUCGACAUUGAUCAGGCUCCUCGAAGACCGCCUUGCGGAUGUCCAGAUGCUCUGA